GCUUUUACGUUGCCAACUUGAAAUAACAACAUGCGCAGGUGGUCGUGACGUUGCGAACGAGAACGUGCUAUUAAGUGCUCUGAAGCCAAGUGUAACUACCUGUUGCGGCCGGCAACAGGAACGAAAUGCCAUCAAGGUUGCACGAUUGUGGGGCAUAACUGCUGCUGACGCGACGGGUGAACUGCUGAUUGCGAGAGGACACACGGGAAGAAGAGGUUGACGAAGAGGCGCUGACUGACGAAUGUCCACUCGCCGCACUUGGUCGAAAGCAGGUGCUCGAACGGAAUUCGAGAACAGCACCCGGGAUGGCUCCUCCAACCGAGUUGCAGGACCGGUGCUGGGGUGUUCCCUUGGUGGCGACCUUCUCGGCGUUCCUCGUCUUCCUGCCGCCGUCCAGCGCGGGCCUGCUGUACGUGCUCUUCAUGGGCGAGUUCCGCAUCAGCCACGAAAUGGCCGCCUGGCCACAGUCUACGUACACAGUGAUGUCGAACACAAUAGGUCUGGUGCAAAGCGUUCUCCAACAGAGGGUGCCUCUUUACCACCUCACCCUGUUCGGAGUCGCGCUUACCUGUGUAGGCUUGGUGGCGUGUGCUUUCGCACCGGACAUCGUAUGGAUGGCAGCACUGUACGGCGGCGUGUACGGAGCCGGUGCCGGGAUCUCUAUGAUCAGCCUGUCACUCUACCUUCUACUAUACUUCGACAAGUACCGUGGCACCGCCACCGCCUUCAAGUACUGCGGCUGGGCAGCGUCGGGCAUUGUCGGACCCUCCUUGAUCGGCUACGUUGCCGAAAACUACGGCGCCCAGGGAGCGCUUCUUCUCGUCGGCGCGAUGGCCAUGCACGCGGUGCCACUGGUCAUGCUGCUGAGCGAUCCGCAGCCCGUGACCAUACCGACGUGGUGCGUUAGAAAACGGGCGGAGGCCUCCUCAGUGCCUGCGGCACCGAAUGGACUGCAAGGUCUAACCAAAGGGGCUCACCUGACACCAAAGCGACAGCUUAUUACGGGCAGCCUAACUAGGCGAUACGCGACGAAUGAGGAUGCGAAUAAAGCGCCCGCGACGAAGGACAAGGCGUGUGAGAAGGAGACCGCGAAACGCGACUCAGUCAGAAUCCUGGUGACGGACGUCGCAAAGUUGGACUUGACGAAAUCCUGCAUACCCAAUGGCUCGCCACGCGCGAACUGUGGCGCGAAGAAGCGUGUCGGCACCAAGCAGAUGAGGGUCGACUCACCCAGUCUGCUGGCACACUACGCGACACUCUUUCGGUCGCCCAUGUUUUACGUGCUUCUGAUACCCUUCAUGACGAUCGACUACAUGCUGGCGAUGGUGGACACCACCAUCGUCGAGUACGGAAUGGACAAAGGAGUGGCGACUCUGAAGGACGCCAAGCAGCUCCAGACCUACACGGCUGUGGGCCAGCUGGUCGGUCGCAUGGUGGUGCCCUUUGUCUCGGACAAGAUCGCGAGCAGUCGCUGUCCGUUCACGGCCGCGAGCCUCGCUCUGGCCGCGGCCUGCCUGCUCCUGAUCUCCCGCGUUCAGGAUUUCACGACACUCGCUGCCUUGACCGCCGUAGUCGGCAUGUGCGAAGGUUACCUGCUGUGCAUCAAGGGUGUGCUCAUCGGCGACUACUUGGGCGUGGAGACCCUGGCGGCUGUGUGUGGCCUGCUCGGAGUGGCCAGUGUCCCUGCCUUGUUGAGUGCGCCGUCCAUUAUAGGUUUUUUCAGAGAUGAACUGGGUUCGUACGACAAGUUUUACUGGAUGCUGGCAGGUGUAAGCCUCGUCUCUGCCAGCGUCAUGUGCUGCAUAGCGGUGACAGACAGAAUGCACAGGAAAGCAUGGGACGUACACAUUCCCAGCAGGAAACCGCCAGGAGAGAUUGUAGAAACAGCCGAAGAGACAGAGAGAUCUGCUCCAAAGGACCAUUUGCCAUCGUAUCGCCUAGCACAGUCUUCCACUCGAUGUUUCAAGCAGGCGCAAGCAGCUCAGGUGUGACACCCAUGGACGCCGAAAGCUGUGAUCGGGCUAGCACCACGCUAAGACAACGUUAUGUGUCAUCGUGAUAACUCUUACAUGAUAAUCCGUGGCUUAGGCAUACGGAGCUUACCGAGUACCUGAAAAACUGCGAGAUUCGUUUCGAACUCUCGCACAAGAGAUAUCAUGCGCCUCUGGAAUUUCCGCACAAUGCUGUAGGAUCUGAGACCCCGUGACACCAGGAAACACCCAUAAGUGGUAUAGUACCGGUGCUCAUUGCUCAGGGCAAAUUUAUAAGAGCUAUUUGCCUACAAUAACUGCAUAUGUUUUUAAAAAUGAAGAACAAACUUACGUUGAAAACAAGAACGUAUUCUAAAUCAGCGGCCAGUAAAACAAAACAUCGGGUGAGAUCUCGAAUUUGUAGCACAUGUAAAGAUGAUGGCGUUGAAAAAAUUUUCGCGAACUGUUUUUAUGCUUACCAAAAUCAGCGAUCGUAUUGUCAGACUCCGUUUGCAUAAGAAUAAUAUCUUUACAAAGACACUGGCCUCCUUAACAAGCACUGCAUAUCGCACUGAUUAGUCACACGAUGGAACUACGACUUCAUCCUAUAAUUUGUAAAUAUUAGAGCUUGUAUAUUAUUUGUUAUAUUCUUUUGCAUUCUGUGUAUUCUCAUCUGUGUAUAUGCUCACCACAGCCCACAUCACGGCCACUCGUGAGUGGUUGCGACUUUGUUCACAAACCCACUGUGAUGCGACUUGUCUUUGCCUUUUAUACUUAUAUGCUUACGUAUAAAUAUGUUACAUAUGUUACAUACAUAUGUAUAUGUAUGUUGUAACUACAUUAAAAGAA